AUGGAGCCCAGGAGCCCCAGGGCGAAGAACGUGGCCUCGCAGACGUACGCGUUCGCGGAGACGCCCGCCGCCGCCGCCGCCCGCGCGCCGCCGUCGCGCAGCGCCAGCCGGGCCGCCCGGAGGUCGCCGCGGUCGUCGGGGGCCGGCUCCGAGGGCUCCCAGCGCGGCCGCGCGCCCCGCCCGCGCCCCGGCCCCGCCGCCGGCCCCGCCGCCGGCCCCGGCCCGCCGCCCGAGCCGCAGCCGCUGCGCGUGCGCCCCGCCUCGCUGCGCGCGCAGGACGUGUCGCUGCCGCUCGCGCGCGUCUUCCGCCGCCUGUACUGCGCGCCCGCCAUCGGCGCGCACGCCAGCGCCUGCCUCGUCCGCGCGCGCGGCGGCGGGGACGCGCGCCACGGGGCCUUCGUGGACCAGCUGCGGCAGAUUCGGGAGCUCUAUAAGCAGCGGCUGGAUGAGGUCACCAUGUUGGAGAGACACAUCAUCCAGGCCCGUGCCCGGGAUCUUGCGGAAACAGAGCGAGUCACCAAUGAGGCCAAAAUAAAUGUCCUGGAGACCAUGGUCAAGCUGCCCCCAGUGAAGACCAUCUUCAGGUGGUGCGUGGACAGCGAGUUACUGCGGAAACACCACUUGAUCUGCCCAGAAGAUUACUACAAUGAUCCAGUGCCAUUCUGCUCUGCACCCAAAGCCACCUUCCUCCCUGGAUGCUCCAAGGAGACAUUUAGCAGUGAGAAGCAUGCCGUCCAAAAGGCAGAAGGGAAGAAGUUUGAAGCCUCCUUGAGGGGGAAGUGCACGCUGAAGGACGAGCUCGCAUACGCUGAGGACAGCCUGACGUGUGACUCGAGUACCGAAGACCAACACAAGAUCGCACCCGUCAAGAAAGCAGGUUUACUGAAGAAGAAGAAGAAGAAGAAGUGGAUGGGCCACUUACGGGUGCCGGACAGAGCUGCGGAGAGACUUCUGCUGGCCAGAAUGGAGACCCGAAAUCACUUUCUCAAAAACCCCCGGUUUUUCCCUCCCAACACCCCACAUGGUGGCAAGUCUCUCAUUGUUCCUCCAAGGAAGCUGGGAGAAAGAGGAUUCCUGUGUGAAGAGGUGGAACAGAGCUGUGCAGACACUCCGGUGUUUCUAGCUAAGCCAUCAAUCGUCUUUUUCACAGAUUAUGAAAUUGGACCCGUGUACGAGAUGGUCAUCACAUUGCAGAACACCACUGCCACCAGCCGCUACCUGCGCGUCAUCCCGCCCGUGACGCCAUACUUUGCUCUGGGGCUGGGGAUGUUCCCGGGAAAAGGCGGAAUGGUAGCUCCUGGAAUGGCCUGCCAGCACACCGUCCAGUUUGUUCCCGACUGCCUGGGGGACUUUGAUGACUUCAUUCUGGUUGAGACCCAGUCUGCCCACACUCUCGUGAUCCCCCUGCAGGCCCGGAGGCCGCCCCCAGUGCUGACCUUGUCAGAGGUGCUGAACUGUGGUUACUGCCUCAUCGGAGGAGUGAAGAUAACCCGAUUCAUCUGCAAAAAUGUGGGCUUCAGUUCCGGCAAAUUCUGUAUUAUGCCCCAAAAGAGCUGGCCACCGCCAAGUUUCCGGGCUGUUGCAACCACAGGCUUGGUGGAGCAGCCUCCCUUUGGAGUCAUGCCUUCAGUGUUUGAGCUGGCCCCGGGGUUCUCCGUAGUAUUGGAGGUCUUGUUCCUCCCAACGAGCCUCGGAAAGUCAGAGAGGACCUUCGUCAUCGUGUGUGACAACUGCCAGAUGAAGGAGCUGGUGAUUGAGGGAACCGGGCAGCUGGUGGCAUUGGAUCUGAUCCAUAUUUCUGGUGAAAAAAGUGAACCGGACCCCGGAGAGCUCAGAGACUUAACAGCACAAUACUUCAUCCGAUUUGAGUCUGAAAACCUGCAGUCAGUGGCAAGGAAACAUCUGGUUAUCAGGAAUGCUACGCAGGUGGAGCUGCCGUUCCACUGGCAGAUCACAAAGCCCAACCUGCAGCCCCUGAUGCCCGGCGAGACAUACAGCAUGGAGAGCAUCAAGUACCACCCCGACGAGGAGACUGCCUUCUCCAUCGUGCCCAAGAAGGGGGUCCUCGGCCCCCACAGCAACCACGAGUUCAUCUUGAGCUUCUCUCCUUUUGAGCUAAGGCGUUUCCACAGUGUGCUGCAGAUGGUACUAGAGAACAUCCCUGAGCCCUUGAGCUUGGAGGUGGAGGACCUGGAGGGCCAGGGCCCCUCGGUGGACGACGUGAUUGUCCUGGAAAUCGAGGCAAAAGGCUCAGCAGAACCCUUCCAGAUCCGCAUAGAACCGUAUGCCCUCAUCAUCCCUGGCGAGAACUACAUUGGCAUCAACGUGAAGAAAAAUUUCAAGAUGUGGAAUAACAGCAAGUCAGCCAUCAGAUACACGUGGGCGAAGAUCAGCGACUGCCACAUUAUUGAAGUGGAGCCCUGCACAGGGGUGAUCGAGCCCAAUGAAGUCGGAGAUUUCGUGUUGAACUUUACCGGGGGCGUCCCUGGCCCAACCAGCCAGGAUCUGUUGUGUGAAAUCAGACACUCUCCUUGGCCAGAGGUUCUACACAUUGAGGCAACCUUUAAGGGGCCUGCCCUGGUCAUCGAUGUCCCAGCCCUUCAGUUUGAUCUGCUCCGCCUGGGGCAGAAAGCCUCCCGCAUCAUCCACAUCCACAACAUCAGCCAGCUCCCUGCCAUGUGGCAGCUGAGGGAAAGCCCGCUCUGUGUGGCAGAAAGGGAUCAGGGCGAGUCACCCUUCGACAUUGAGCCUUGGAGUGGCCAACUUCACCCUCUCGGGGAGUGCCAAGUGGUCGUCACCUUAGAGGCCUCGCACUGCCAGCGUCUGCAAACAGUCCUGCAGCUGGAGGUGGAAAACGGGACCUGGAGUUACGUUCCCGUGUAUGCCGAGGUGCAGCGGCCCUAUGUCUACCUGCAGAGCAGCCAUGUGGAGCUGAGUGACCUCUACACCGGCGUGCCCGUGAAGUCCACCGUCACACUCACCAAUGGGACGCUCCUGCUCUCCCGGUUCCACUGGGGCAAGCUCCUGGGGACCCAAGCAGCCUUGUGUACAGUGACAGUCUCCCCCAUACAUGGCCUGUUGGGCCCCAACGAAGAGCGCCACAUACACUUGGAGUUGACUGCCCACACCCAGGAAGAACUGACCGAUCUAGUCCUUCCUUGUCACGUGACAGGCAUGGAGGAGCCACUGGUCCUGGGCAUCUCUGGGAAGCCUCAGGGGCUGCAAGUGACCAUUGCCAUCUCUGUGGAGGGCUCUGAUAGUGUUUCCAGCACACAGCAGUGGCCAGGCCACGCCAAGGAGCUUUGCCUGGACUUUGGCUCGAAGGUACCUCUGAGGACCUGUGUGACCCACCAACUCAUCCUGACUAAUUGCUCCCCGAUAGAGACCCCUUUCACUCUCAUGUUUGAGUACUUCGGGAGCCCCCAAAGCAGCCUGAGCAACAAGACCAGCCUCCCCGACAUGCCGCCGGCCCUGCUAAAGUCAGCACACAUCAAGAAGCACUUGGCCAAGAAAGAGCACCUGGAUUUUAUGGACAGCAUGUUAGCUCACAAGAAGGGAGCUGCUUUCUUCCCUCACGUUUCCCAGGGUGUGCUGAGAGCCUACCAGAAGUUGAGCAUUGGCAUCACCGGCUGUGCCAACAUGUGGGGCAAGUACUGGGACAACCUCCUGUGCACGGUGGGCGACCUGCCGCUGAUGGUCAUCCCGGUGCACAUGGCAGUGGUGGGGUGCCCUGUCAGCACCGUGAGGAAUAUCCACUCCAUGGCUCACCUGUACCAGAAGGAGCCUAUGAUCAGGUUUGGGACCCAGGUCUCCGGAGGAGACACCGUCUCCAGAACCCUCCGCCUGUAUAACUCGAGCCCCUGUGACAUCCGCCUGGACUGGCAGACCUAUGUUCCAGAAGACAGGGAUGACCGGCUGUUAGAGCUGCUGGUGCUUUACGGGCCACACUUCCCACUGCGGGACCAUGCUGGAAAUGAGCUCGUGUGCCCUGAGUCCCCAGAGGCCAGCAUACUGUCAUCCGCAAGCCCCUUCGACAGAUCAGAAUCCAGCCAGACAACCCCUUCUUUGAUGGAGGAGAGCUCCACUACCAGCAACAAGGCACAAGGACACAUCAUCUCAGUUAUCCUGCAGGGGCAUGAGGGGGUGCCCUCUGACUGCCCAUACCACAUCAGCCCCAAGCAAGUGGUGGUCCCAGCUGGAGGCAACAGCACCAUCUGCGUCUCCUUCACGCCCACGGUGCUUGGCCCCACUGUCCUGGACAAGGCGGUGUACACCGGCUACGCCCUGGGCUUCAUGAGCUUGGACAGAGUGGCAGAAAGGGAGAUUCCAGGCCGGAGGCAACGUCUGCAGGACUUCGACGUGGGUCCCCUGAGACUAGACCUGCAUGGACACGUGCGGCGUGCGCAGCUAAGUGUAGAGCUGGAUAGCAGUGGCUACUUGGAAUUCCGGUGCCAGGCCAGCGACCUCAUCCCCAGUCAGCCCUGCUGCGGGGUGCCCAGCGAGCUGCUCACCACCCGCCACCUGAAACUGAUCAACACCACGGAAAUCCCACACUACUUCCGGCUUCUGGUCUCCAAGCCCUUCUCUGCAUCUCGACACGGGGCUGCCAGCCGGGGCCGCAGAGCCAGCCGGCGGAAGAGUGAGGAGGAGCUGGCGCUCAGCUCCCAGGAGAACAUGCUGGUGGACGUGUCCUUCUCACUCUCCCUGGAGCUGUUGUCUUACCAGCGGCUCCCAGCUGACCAGAUGCUGCCUGGAGUGGACAUCCAGCAGAGCACGAAUGGAGAAAAAGAGAUGGUGUUCACUCGGCUCCUGCUCCUGAGGUUCACCAACCAGACCACUCAGGAGGUGCCCCUGAGGGCCACCGUGGCCGUGCCGGAGCUACAGCUCUCCACCAGCUGGGUGGACUUUGGCACCUGCUACGUGAACCAGAAGCGCACCCGGGAGGUCUACCUGAUGAAUCUCAGCGGCUGUCAGAGCUACUGGACUGUGUUGAUGGGAAAGCAGGAGAUGCACAAGGAGGCUGAGGCUUUUGGGGUCUUCCCCCAUAGUGGGUUGCUGGAGGCCCGACCCACCAGUGCACCCCCGACCUCCGUCCUCCUCCAGGUGUUCUUCACUCCCAGGAGCAGUGCGCCCUAUGAGUCCACGCUGGCGGUGGAAGGCGUGCUGGGGGAGAAGGCAUGCACCCUGCGGCUGCGGGGCCAGGGCUCCUACGACGAGAGAUACGUGGUGCCCCACCAGCUCUGAGGCUCCCCAGCCCCUGCCCUGAGAGACUCAAAGCGGCCAGGAACGAGGUGCAAGGCCGCUGGGCAGGGACAUGGACUUGGGGGCUGGAGGAGCUCCUGGGAUGAGGGAGCCCCUUCCUGGGCAGUGGUGUCAGCUGAAGCCCUGCGUCACAGUUGCGGGGAACUAAAACAUGGCAGAGUCCACGCCACUGUGGAGACAGUGGCACCCAGUCACCACACAGACGGCACACAGUCCAGCAAGGUGACAGCGGCCCCUGGAGCAGCCGACAAUCACAGAAAUGAUGGGUCACACAUUUACUGUGUCCACUGAACCCCUCAUCCACGAGGCCACUGUCCCCACUUGUGUCCAGGGUGAUCCAUGCUACCCAGUUCAGGGUUGGGACAUCCCAACGCCCCAACAGCUAGCUCUUGUACUGUGUCAUCAGCCAUCACACUUUCCUAAUUAAAGUGCCAGGGUGUGUC